CUCGGGAGACCUUAACACAACCAUUUCGUAUUCGGACGACUGCCUACAAUCGAGUUUUUUUGCAUGUCAUUCCAGUUGCUUGACUGUUGCCCGAUCACUAUCGAAUCGCGUCUUUUGAUAUAGUAGGACUCACCUGCGCAGAAUGCGCUAUGAAAAAGUGAUGGCUCCUUCAAAAGUUCCACCUUCCGACCCGCCGUCACAGGCAGAUACGCCAAUGACAGAUGCGACCGCAGAGCCCGUCACGUCAGUGCCUGUUGAUAAAGCGGACGCGCAAAUGACGGAUACCCCGGACUACACGGAUACUGAUACGAAUCCUAACACCACGGCGAGCAGUGUUGCAGGCGACGCACCGCCUUUGGAUGGGCGGAGACGACGAUCCGAAGCUUUCCACAUGAGGAAGAAUAUCUUUGGUAAAAAGCAUGGUCGCUUGGAUGAGUCUAUGGAAGAUGAUUCCAUCCGACGUUUUCGCUAUCUCCUUGGUUUGACCGACCUAUUUCGCCACUUCAUCGAGACAAACCCCAACCCGCGGAUCAAGGAAAUCAUGGCCGAAAUCGACCGUCAGAAUGAAGAGGAGGAAGCCAGAGCCAAGAAGAAGGGGUCAGCUCGCUCCGGUGGUGCGAGCGGUGACAGACGUCGCAGAACAGAACAAGAGGAAGAUGCUGAACUUCUCAAGGAUGAAAGGAGUGGAGGUGAAACGGGCACCGUUUUUCGAGACUCCCCGCCCUUCAUCAAAGGAGAAAUGCGUGACUACCAGAUUGCCGGUCUGAAUUGGCUCGUUUCCCUACAUGAAAACGGCAUCUCCGGUAUUUUAGCGGAUGAGAUGGGUCUAGGCAAAACAUUGCAGACAAUCUCUUUCCUUGGCUAUCUUCGACAUGUAUGCGGGAUCACUGGACCACACCUCGUCGCGGUUCCGAAAUCAACACUCGACAAUUGGAGGAGAGAAUUUGGAAAGUGGACUCCCGAAGUAAAUGUUCUGGUCUUGCAGGGUGACAAGGAAGAGCGGCACCGAUUGAUCAAUGAGCGCCUCCUGGAUGAGAAAUUUGAUGUUUGUAUCACCAGUUACGAGAUGGUUCUUCGGGAGAAGAGUCAUCUGAAGAAGUUUGCUUGGGAGUAUAUCAUCAUUGAUGAGGCUCAUCGCAUCAAGAACGAAGAGUCGUCAUUGGCCCAAAUCAUUCGUGUCUUUCAUUCUAGGAACCGUUUGUUGAUCACCGGUACCCCUUUACAGAAUAACCUGCACGAACUCUGGGCGCUCCUGAACUUCCUGUUGCCCGAUGUCUUCGGUGAUUCAGAAGCUUUUGAUCAAUGGUUCUCUAGUCAAGACGCCGAUCAGGACACCGUUGUGCAACAACUCCAUCGUGUCUUGCGGCCGUUCCUGUUGCGCCGUGUAAAGAAUGACGUGGAAAAGAGCCUGCUUCCCAAGAAGGAAAUCAACCUCUACGUGCCCAUGUCAGAGAUGCAGGUCAAAUGGUACCAGAAGAUUUUGGAGAAGGAUAUUGACGCCGUAAACGGUGCGGCUGGCAAGCGCGAAUCCAAGACUCGUUUGCUGAACAUCGUUAUGCAACUCCGCAAGUGUUGCAAUCAUCCAUAUCUCUUUGAAGGUGCUGAGCCAGGUCCUCCGUACACAACCGACGAACAUCUUGUGGACAAUGCGGGCAAGAUGGUUAUCCUUGACAAGGUCCUGGCACGUAUGAAGAAGCAGGGCAGCCGCGUACUCAUUUUCUCUCAAAUGAGUCGUGUUCUCGACAUCCUGGAGGAUUACUGCGUGUUCCGAGAGUACAAGUAUUGCCGUAUUGACGGUACAACCGCUCACGAGGAUAGAAUCGCCGCAAUCGAUGAGUAUAACAAACCUGACUCUGAUAAAUUCAUAUUCCUUCUCACGACCAGAGCUGGUGGAUUGGGAAUUAACCUGACCACUGCCGACAUCGUUGUUCUCUACGAUAGUGAUUGGAACCCUCAGGCGGAUUUGCAAGCUAUGGAUCGUGCUCAUCGGAUUGGUCAAACUAAACAGGUUGUCGUGUUUAGAUUCAUUACAGAAAAUGCCAUUGAGGAAAAGGUCUUGGAACGUGCAGCCCAGAAAUUGCGGUUGGAUCAGCUUGUCAUCCAGCAAGGGCGUGCCCAGCAGCAGACUAAGAAUGCUGCAUCGAAAGACGAACUGCUUGGCAUGAUCCAGCAUGGAGCAGCCAACGUUUUCAACCAAAAAGGCGCAACAGGGCCUUUGUCCACGGAAAACAAGUUGUCCGAAGAUGACAUAGAUGCUAUCCUACGCAAGGGAGAGGAGAGGACCGCGGAACUAAACAAGAAGUACGAGAAGCUUGGUAUCGAUGACCUCCAGAAGUUUAGUUCUGAAAGUGCAUACGAGUGGAAUGGACAAGACUUCGCGGAUCGCAAGAAAGACAUUGGUAUCAACUGGAUCAACCCGGCCAAACGCGAACGAAAGGAACAGUUUUACUCCAUCGACAAGUACUAUCGUCAAGCUUUAGCCACUGGAGGCAGAACAGCUGAUCCCAAACCCAAAGUGCCGCGCGCGCCCAAGCAAAUCGCUGUUCACGACUGGCAAUUCUUCCCUCCUGGGCUUCAAGAGCUUCAGGAGAAGGAGACGGCUUACUUCCACAAAGAGAUCGGCUAUAAAGUUCCUCUGUCUGACGGUCCCGAUGAAGAGCUCAGUGAGCGCGAAGCUGAGCGUGAUCUGGAGCAGCAAGAGAUAGACAAUGCUGUACCUUUGACGGAGGAGGAGCAGGCGGAGAAGGCGAAGAUGUCCGAAGAGGGCUUUUCUACCUGGAACCGUCGUGAUUUCCAGCAGUUCGUUAAUGGAUCGGCCAAAUUCGGUCGCACUGACUACGUCGGUAUCGCAACUGAGGUAGACAGCAAGGAACCGGAUGAAGUUGAGGAAUACGCUGAAGUAUUCUGGAAACGGUACACUGAGAUCCAAGACUAUCCCAAGUACCUUCGCGUGAUUGAACAAGGCGAGGAGAAACUUCGCAAGAUGAACCAUCAACGCAAGAUGCUGCGUAAGAAGAUGGAGAUGUACCGCGUGCCCCUCCAGCAGCUCAAGAUCAACUACACGGUGUCUACCACCAAUAAAAAAGUCUACACGGAAGAAGAAGAUCGGUUCCUGUUGGUCAUGCUGGACAAGUACGGGGUCGACGGUGAAGGCCUCUAUGAGAAAAUUCGCGAUGAGAUUCGCGAGUCGCCUCUCUUCCGCUUCGAUUGGUUCUUCCUCAGCCGUACUCCUGUCGAGAUUGGGCGUCGGUGCACCACUCUCCUGAAUACAGUCGCCAAGGAAUUCGAAACUGAAGAUGCAAAGGUGAAUGGAGAGGGUGGCAAAGGCCGCGGGCGUGAUCGGGACGAAGAGGAGGCUGAGCAUGAAGAAGAGGCCCCUGCGAAGAAGAAAACCAAGGGUGGUGCAGUUAACAAGCAGGUCAAGGCUGUCAAGAAUGGCAGCAAAGCGAAUUCAGCCUCCACAUCACGAGCCGCCAGUGUUUCCUCCAACGCGGCCUCCAAACCGAAGAGUCGCAAGAAGUGAAGCCUCUAUCUUCUGAGGUCUCGAAAUUGAAUGACUAAGAUUUUAUGACUUUCCUGUAGACUGUUUGGCAAGACCUGUGAAGGGAUGGGAUUUGGUUCACAACUAUGUUUCAUAUAUUGCCGGGUUGGGCGUUGGCAGAUAAGUUAGAUGUUACUGUAGUUUAUAAUGUUCCUCUUUUAAUCUUCUUCUGCAAUAAUUGUGACCUGGCUGAAGCCAUGAAGUGA